AAAAGGAAAGGGUUAACCAGGUAGAGGGCACAGUUUAGCUCAGGGGCAAGAGCAGCAGCAGCACCACCACCAGCAGAAACACCAGCAGCACCAGCAGCUUACUGACCAGCAAAAAUGACCUCUACUGGAAUGAACAUGAUGAGCAAGAUCAUCUUCUACGAGGACAGGAACUUCCAGGGCCGCUCCUAUGAGUGCAACAGCGACUGUCCCGACAUGUCCUCCUUCCUGAGCAGGUGUCAAUCCUGCAGGGUGGAGCGGGGCUGCUUCAUGGUCUACGACCGCACCAACUUCAUGGGCAAGCAGUACUUCAUGAGGAGGGGCGAGUACUCCGACUACAUGAGCAUGAUGGGCAUGAGCGACUGCAUCAGGUCCUGCCGCAUGAUCCCCAUGCACAGGGGAUCCUACAGGAUGAGGAUCUACGAGAAGGAGAACUUCAGCGGCCAGAUGUCUGAGCUGAUGGACGACUGUGACAACAUCAUGGACCGCUUCCGCAUGUCCAACUGCCUGUCCUGCAAUGUGCUGGAGGGCCACUGGCUGAUGUACGAGCAGCCCAACUACAGGGGCAGGAUGGUGUACAUGAGGCCCGGCGAGUACAGGAACUUCAAUAGCAUCGGCAUGAGCGGCAUGAGGUUCAUGAGCAUGAGGCGCAUCCUGGACUCCUGCUAUUAG